AUGAGAACUUCCGGUGCACCGUUUUGAAUCUUCGUUUGGUGUCUUUCGGUUGCUAUCCGAGACUUGGGCCCAAAGCAAAUGUAUUGACCAUCAUCUUCAAAGACAGAGAGAGAGAGACCAUGGAUGAUGAUAAUCACAGAUUAUUUCAAAGAGUUGCAGAGAAACUGGGCUGGUCAGAGAAGGGAGGAUUGGAAACAGCAGAACAACGGCUGAUUAAGAGCGUCGGUAAGACUCGGCGUCUGGCCACAGACUGUCAUGGCUCCAGGGGUGCUCAAAACCUUCCUCCUCCAGUCCAGAUACAUCUGCUCGACACUGAGGAAGAGGAUGACAGAGGCCCAGGGAAAGAGAACCAGGUCUCCAAGGGCAACGGUUACAGGACCAAGGUGUUCAUGGAGUCCAGUGACGAUGAUUUUGACCAGUUUCUUGUGGAGCAGGCUACACCCAAAACUGCUUCUCGGAAACAUUGCAGUUCUGCUAAGAAAGUCAGUGAACCAGUCCUUGUAUUAAGCUCAGACAGUGAUGACUACUUUGAAAACUUCCUGAGCCGUGUGAAAACUCCCAAGCCGAAGCCUAAGGAAGCCGAGCGUGGCAGUGGAGACCGGUACAGUGGAGACCGGUACAGUGGAGACCGGUACAGUGGAGACAGGUACAGUGGAGACAGGUACAGUGGAGACAGGUACAGUGGAGACAGGUACAGUGGAGACAGGUACAGUGGAGACAGGUACAGUGGAGACAGGUACAGUGGAGACCGGUACAGUGGAGACCGGUACAGUGGAGACCGGUACAGUGGAGACAGGUACAGUGGAGACAGGUACAGUGGAGACAGGUACAGUGGAGACCGGUACAGUGGAGACCGGUACAGUGGAGACCGGUACAGUGGAGACCGGUACAGUGGAGACAGGUACAGUGGAGACAGGUACAGUGGAGACAGGUACAGUGGAGACAGCCUCAGAAACUUCAUUGUCGACAGCUUUUCCUCCGAUGAUGACUUUGUCGUUGAGAGGAAGAAAAAACCUACCUCUAAAGGUGCCUUUAAGACCCCUAAGCCGUCAUCCUUCCAGACCCCGGUCAGAAGACCCUUGUCCCAGUGUAACACUCCAGUUUUCCUCAGCGACAGUGAAGAAGAUGAUGGUAUUGUGAUGAAGAGCACGUGGAGGACAUGCCACCCUGUGCACCAGCCGCCGCCACAGACGCACAAAGUCAACGUCCUACAAAGUAACCAGAAGGGCAACAUCUUCUUUCCCUCUCCCUGCCCUCCUCCUCUGCCUUCCCUCUCUCCCUCCCCUCCUCCUCUGCCUUCCCUCUCUCCCUCCCCUCCUCCUCUGCCUUCCCUCUCUCCCUCCCCUCCUCCUCUGCCUACCCUCUCUCCCUCCCCUCCUCCUCUCCGCUCCUCCUUCACCCCCUCCCUGACCCCCCUUCCACAGCGGACCCACUCAGCCCCGUCGAAGGUGGAGGACUCAGCCAGCUCAGAGGAAGAGUUCCUCAGCUUACUGGACAGAAUUAAGAAGAACCACAAGACCAGCAACACCCCAACACCUAAACCCAACACGGGUAACACCCCAACUCCCAACACAGGGCCCAAUCAGAAGCCCCCCCUGUCAGCUCCACGGCAAAAAGCCUCGAAAGAGGUGUGCCCUCGGCCAUUGGUGAGAACGCCCUUGGAUCUGAAGACCCCGGUGCGGCUGCUCGUCUCUAAACCCGCUGUGUCCCAGCCGGAAUCCAGACUCAAGACCAGCGGCCUUUCUUCCUCCAGUGUAUCAGCAGGGUGUAUGACUCCUGGGUGUUUCCUCCAGUCUCUGUCUGGACCAGGCUCCAGCUACAGCCGCAACUUCAAACAGACCAAGGAGGAGCUCACCAGCAAACUGUAUCGCCUGUACAACACCAGCGUGUUCGACAGCAAGCUGCCCAGUAACAUGUCAGUGAGCUGGAAUAACAAGAUGAGAAAGACUGCUGGCUACUGCAUCACAGGGCAGGAGAGAGGAGGAGGGAACCGAUACGCACGUAUCCAACUCUCGGAGAAAGUCUGUGACUCUGCAGACCGUCUGCGUGACACGUUAGUCCAUGAGAUGUGUCACGCUGCCACCUGGUUGAUCAACAGUGUGAGGGAUGGACACGGCCCCUUCUGGAAGCUGUACGCCCGCAAGGCCACGCUGGCACACCCCGAGCUGCCUGUGGUCACCCGCUGCCACAGCUACGACAUUAACUACAAGUACCAGUACCAGUGUAGCCGCUGCAAAAACACACUCGGUCGUCACUCUAAGUCUCUGGACACCCAGAGGUUUGUGUGUGCCCUCUGUACGGGUCAGCUGGUCCUGCUCACCCCCGCCAAGCCCCGGGCGCCCACACCCUUUGCCAACUUUGUCAAGGAGAACUAUGGCAGUGUUCGCCAAAACCUGGUGGGUCAGAGCCACGGUGAGGUAAUGAGGAAACUCAGUGUUGACUUCGCCACCAAAACUAAACUCAGCCAGAACUGAGAAGGAGAGAGAGAGAGAGAGAGAGAGAGAGUGUGUGAAAGUGAUGAGGUGGAAUCAUUCUAACCUGGAUUAGACCUACAUUACUCUCGUCUCCUGGACUAUAAAGCACUCUUGAUAAAGCACUCUUGUUCAGUAGUAUUUGUAAAACCCUGUCUGAACAUCUUCAUUCCUUGAAGAUCUCCACUGCUCUGAAGCAAUGGUGGGAUCCUUCUCUUUCAUCCAUCCUAAUGUCUUAGAUUAGUGGGAUCCUUCUCUUUCAUCCAUCCUAAUGUCAUAGAUUAGUGGGAUCCUUCACUUUCAUCCAUCCUAAUGUCAUAGAUUAGUGGGAUCCUUCUCUUUCAUCCAUCCUAAUGUGUUAAAGUAGUGGGAUCUUCAAGUUGAUAGGUCUGUCUUAAAUACCUCUGUGUAUGUAUCAGGUUUUCAGAGGCAGCUAUGGUGAGUCUGUCAUUCCUCUGUAGCUGGCGUCUCACCGUUAGUGAAAUGAGCCAAGAGACACACUGGACAGUGAUUUAAAGGCAUCGUGAAUCAGUCAUAUUGUUGAGCCUGUCUGUGACAUGCAUUCAUACCCUUCAAAUAUCAUUAUGUGACCAACUGCUUUGAAUUACUUAAAAUAUGAAUCAGGAAAUAGUUCCAUGAAGUUUCAUAGAAGGCAGAUCUGGCAACUUCACAUACAAUUUAUGUUACAUUUUGAACGUUUGUCUUGUUUGUUUUUUCAUGUUUUGUUUUUGAAUAAAGAUUUAAUGUUUUACA